UCACUGUGCCGCUGGCGUAAACUCAUAUCAUAAUACUCGUAUGUUAGGUAUAAGCCAAGAACUGCGAUUUUGAUUAACACAAUGAUAAAGAAACUUUAUCAAAAGAAAGUGAAUUAAAAUGAUCGACAGAAUGUUUUUCAUCCUGAUCUUUGGAUUAUUAUGCACGAGUUUCCAUGAGGGUGUUGCAGGAUCGCCGCACUGGUACGUUUUAGGACCAAAUGUAUUGAGACUAGAAAUUGAUGAAACCUUUCUCAUUGGAUUCUUCGGUGAAGAGAGAAACCAAAAUAUAAAGGUAUGGUUAUCCCUAGAAAAUACAGAGGGCAUGAAAAUAGACUACCAAGACGUCACUGUUGCUUCAAAAGACAAGCCUGUAGAGCGAACUAUGCGGUUAUCAGCAAACCAUAUCAAAGCUUCAAUAAGUGACGCGAAUAAAUGGAAACCAAAACAUGCACAAGUAACUGCCAUCUUUAACGAUGGUACAAAUUACACAGAGGAACUUACCAUUGUAUACAACACGGGUUUUCUCAUUGUUCAAACUGACAAACCAUUGUAUACCCCAAACGAAGGAGUUAGUGUGAGGGUGCUAUCGCUAGACGAAGGCCUUAGAAUAUCGACAAAAAAGCCGGUCAUUAUCGACAUUAUGGAUCCAAGUCACACGACAGCGAUUGACAGAGCUAACAUAACGGAACACACAUUUGGGUUUUACAAAUACAAGUUCACAUUGCCCGAAUACGCCGAAAAUGGGGAAUGGACCAUAAAAGCGUCGUAUGAUUCGACAUUGGAUGCUUCCAUAAGUGACACACAACUGUUUGAAACGACUGCGGUAGUCCAGUUUGAAGUUCGGGAAUACGUUGUGCCAACAUUUGAUGUAAAUAUAUCCCCGAGCUUACCAUACAUACUCCCAGACACCAAGGAAAUUAAUAUUUCUGUUAGUGCUAUGUAUGUAUAUGGAAAACCUGUUGAGGGAUUUGCGAUCUUAACUGUCAACACUGAAGCGAAUAACGAAACAACAAUAAAAGAUCGAGAGUUGGUGAAAGGAUUUGCCUCAUUUCCUUUGGAUAUCAGUAAAUUGGCAAGUCCGUUUCCUGAAGGAUCAAGGCUUCGCCUUAAAGCUCAGGUUACGGAAGAUGUCACUGGGAAAUCGGAAGCAGAUACCACCGACGCUCUUAUGUUUGUUGAAUGUCCAUUAAAAAUAGAGUUUUCAAAGUCAAGAUUGACAUACAUAGUCGGCCGAAACUACUACCUUCUUAUUGACGUUUUCUGGAUUGAUGGCACUAAAGCCAAGAAUCAGGAGAUAACAAUUGAAUACAACAAUACAAAAGUUAGCGGCACGACAGAUGACAGUGGAUCACUUGCAUGUAUAAUUCCAAUGAAUGGGACCGAGGAAUACUAUCACUAUUACUAUUACUAUUACUAUUACUAUUACUAUGGAUCUCUUGAGAUAAUGGCAUAUGCAACGAAAUAUACCAGAAAGGACUUCCAUCUUACCAUAUAUCCUAUUGGGUAUCGCCAGCACAUUUUCCUCGAAAAAAUAUUAAAGGAAGGUAAGGAUGUCCUGCGACUGAAUAAAGACAUUAAAAACAACAAGGCAGGGGCCAUCAUAGCGAUGGUCGAGCGAGGAAGAUUGAUUAAACAUUGGUUCUCAGACCGGGCAAAUUUCGAAGAAACAAUAUCUACUGAAACUGUAGUAGAUGGUGCUAGGAUAUUCGCUUUUGCAAUUGAUUCAGAUUCAAAGAUGUAUGCUGAUUCCAUAGCGAUUGAAGUUGGUAACAUGUGCAAACAAGGAAAAAAGAUAACCUUAAGCCCCGCCAAGAGUGAGAUAUACCCUGGCGAUUCGACUGAUCUCAGUAUAACAGGUCCUGCUGCUACUACAAUAGCUCUCAACGUCAUGGACAAAGCGCUUCUACUCUUAAGUGAUAAAAACGUUUUGAAACAAGAAAUGAUAAAACAUGCAAUGAUGUCACAUGACUUAGGAUGUAGAGUGGGUGGGGGACUAACAGCAGAAGACGUACUCACGAAUAGUGGAGUGACUAUCAUAACAAAUGGAUACAGAGGAUGGUACACAGGGAGGUGCCAAGAUAGAAAAAGGAGAAGGAAAAGAAGCAUUUAUUUUAGCAAAGAUGAAGCUCGAAUAUUGGACGAUUCUGGAAGUAUUUACGAGAAGGACAUCAAUGCAUUAAAAAGUCAUUUAAAUAAUGUACCGUAUAAACGCAGCGACUUUCGAACAUCAUUUCUUUUCGAAGAGUUCACACUGAAUGAUAUAAAUCCUCCAAAGACGAUAGAGUUUCCUUAUUCUAUUACCGAAUGGGCAAUCCAAGCACUAAGUGUACUACCUGAUGGUGGUGUAUGCAUUUUGGACAACAUAUUUGUAAAGACAUACAAAGAUUUCUUCAUUCAACUGGAUUUACCUUAUAAAGUAUCUCGGAAAGAGCAGUUUAUGGUCAAAGCCAAAGUUUUUAAUUAUUCAAAGAAGGAUCUUAAUGCUCGAAUAUACCUCAAGGAUGAUCGCAAUUUAUGUUUUGGUAAAAGUCCCGGUGUUCCGUCUGAUCCGCAGAGCGUUACCGUGAAAUCGCAAAGCGCGAAGAGUGUGGUCUUUGCUGCCGUUGCGUUUAGAGCAGAAGAAACGGAAAUUGAGGUGUCUGCCUUUGUUCGGACAGAACAUGAAGUGAAAUAUGACAGCAUUGUUAAGAAGCUCAACGUUGUGAACGAAGGAAUUCUACACAUGAAGCAAAUACAUGUGUGCCUUGAUCCUAAUGACGACAUGAAGGAUUGCUCAAACUCCGAAGAGGUCAUCGUCGGUGAUAGUGAUCUUGGAAAUGGUUUACCAAAGCGGACAUAUAAAGUUAAUUUAACCAUGGAUUCGGAUUCAAUACACGGAACAGGUUCAGCAACGUUGUACUUCCAAAGUAAUAUUAUGGACAGUGUAGUAUCUACAGUUAUUCAUGGGGUUGGAAAAACGUUUAUACUACCAAGUGGAAGCGGGGAACAAAAUAUGGCAAAGCUCGCCCUUAUUGUUUAUGGUAAACAAUAUCUCCAAGCGACAUUUCAAGAAACAAAAGAACUACGGAAUAAAGGAAUAGACUACAUAAAAACAGGUGUGAUGAAUCAGAUGAGACACCAAAAAUCCGAUUAUUCGUACUCUAUAUAUAAUUUUAGAGCAACACAAAUAAAGUUAACGGCAUUUGUAGCGAAAGUAUUUUGUCGAAUUCACAAUGUCUUCGGCAACGACGUUUUUCUUAACAACCUCGACGCAACAUUAGAGUUCUUAGCUACAAAUUCAUAUGAGGGUGGUUAUAAAGAACCUCAGAACCCAAUUGAUUUAGAGCUUACCGCGUUGGUUUUGGUUGCUUUACAAGAGUGUAGACUGGUUGGUAAGACAACAACGCAUAUGGUUAAAGCAAUUGAAGAUGCUGCCAACUAUCUUGAGAAAAACGUAUUGCCUGAUUCAGCAACAGAUCCGUACCUAUUAGCAAUUACAACAUAUGCGCUUGCUUUAUCUGAGAAAGCCACAUCGAAGGAGUUUAAAAAACAACUUUUCCUAGCAGCAAUUACUAAAAAUGGGGAAAUGUACUGGAAUUCAGGAUCAAAUUCCAGAGCAGUUGCUGCGACAGCAUAUGCGCUUCUAUCAGCACUUUAUCUUGAUGAUUCGAAAACCUCUGUUGGGAUUGUGAAAUGGUUGAACAAACAAAAAAUCUCAACGGGUUAUUCUUAUUAUUCAACACAGGAUACUGUUAUUGCAUUACAAGCAUUAACAGAGUAUAGUAUGAAAGCGAAACGGCCCGAUGUCAACCUUGAAGUCACGGUUACCAGACGGUCUGGAUAUAGAGCUAAGAUAGGAACUAUAAGGAUGGACAAGGGAAAUGACCAUCAAUUUAAAUCAUUGGAUCUUGACAACGGAAACAUAACCAAUGGGGAAAACAUCUUUUAUAUCAAGGUGACGGGGAAUGGAUCGGCUCGUUGCAAUAUUGAGCUUCGCUGGAACAGUGAACGAACGGAAGAUGAGUCAAAUCCUUUUGAUAUAUCAACAAUUGUCAUUGACGAAGUUAAAGAGACACCUGGAGUAAAUUUCAAUCAAGGUCAGUGCGACGUGUGUGGGGAAUGUCCGGGACAUGUGGUACCCUCUGAGGCUCGGGAUUCAAGUCUAAGGGUUAAUGACAUUAUUGCAACAAGGAAAAAACGCUCCAGGCGAAAUGUAAACGAUUCAACCACCGUAAGAUGCAUAAAGAUUUCAGUUAAGACGAAGUCAGGUGAAUCUAAAUCUGGAAUGUCUAUUGUAAAAGUGGGACUACUUACAGGCGUAAAGGCGUCGAAAGAUGAUAUGGAGAAGCUUAUGACAGACAGGAUCAUCGAUCGGUAUGAAAUGCCACAAGAUCGCCAAGGCUAUGUGACGAUGUAUUUGGAUCAGAUAUCAGAAGAUGAGACAAAAUUGCAGUUCAGAAUUGAGGACGAUCCUAGUUACUCCGAAUACACACGCCCACCAGGAAUCAUUGAAGUAUAUGAAUAUUACAAACCAGAAAGAAGAGGAUAUAAGUUGUACAAUGUUGGGUCGAAUUCUGUGAAAGUCGGUUGGACAUGCCAAAAUUCUGGACAUUGCCAGUGCCUGAAAAGAACAUGUCCCAAGCCCGUCGAAAUGGAGAUUAUCAGCAAAACUACAGAAUACAUUCUCAAGAAGAAAAGGGGGAAAGGGGUUAAGCCUAUUUUUCAAAUUCUAAAGGACGACAUAGCCUGUAACAAAUUGAAGGCAACAUAUGCGUAUAAAAUAAAAGUAACUGAAACAGUGGAAAUGGAUCAGAAAAAAAUCGCCAGCGCUCAGAUACUGAAGGUCUUGAACGAAGGUGAGAUCUAUGCCUUUACCGAUGACAUUGUAGACUUUGUGGUCGAAGGUUAUUGCGAUCGUCUGAAGUUAGCAAAAGACAAGGAAUAUAUUGUGAUUGGACAAGAACCAGGAAACGAUAAGUUUGAAAUCGUACUUAGUGAAACAAGUUACGUUAUUGAUUUGGAUCCUCAACGAAACGCCGAUUUAUUGAAGUUGGUUAUGACGAGGUUUGAAUCCGCUAUGAAAAACGGGUGCGAUAGCAAAUGAUGGAUGUCGAACGUUCUGAGUUAUUGACCUGUUUCUCCAUAAACCAUAGUGUCUCAUUAAUCAGUCAAACAUUUAAUGACAAUAGCAUGUCUAAAACCUAUUGAGUUUUAUGAAAAGAAACAUAUAAUUGGCUUAAAUAUAGUUUGCCGGUGUUCUAUGUCUUUGGCGUUUACCCAGUGCUAUUAAACGGGUUUAUGUUUAACUUUUUGCUACUGAGCUUGUUUCUGUAGUCUUUCACAUAAGAAUUAAAAAAGAAUAAAAAAAAAUACAUGACCCCAUGUCCAAAGACUGGGAAAAUACCAAUCAUAAAUAUGUGUCGUAUGGGUUAUAUAACCUUUGGGAUAUGAGCUCACUUCACACAGCCACAAUUUUGUGGCCUUAAUAUUCAAACUGUACAUUUAACGUAAUUGUGUUAUUUCUUAAUAAUGCCUUACACAUAGACUUGUUUGCUUAUGUCAACGAAAAUCGUUACUCAAACAUGAUAUCAAGCAUUGAUUGUGUUAGUAGUAGAUAGGCGAACUUUAGUAAAGUCUGAGUGGUACAUUGUAUAUAUAAUUAAGCCCACUGUUCGAUGUUGGUCGGUGAUUAUAAAGUAUCUGAAGUAAAUUUCCUAAAGUCGGUUUUCCAAAAUGUUCAUAGUCAAAUUUUAACAAAAGAAAGUACAUUACACAAAAACAAUAUUCGAUACUAUUGAAUGUUUUUAUCGUAUGGCCAGCCAGAUACUAAACUUAGGGAAAUUGCCUGAAGGUGUAUACGGAUAUCAGACCAGCAUAAUCAUCGCAGAAUUGGUAUGCAACACUCAUACAUAUCUCAUUUUGCAAUUAUAUUGGUGGCCUUCAUGAAAAUGUGUUGCAUGUGUGUGUGUUUUGUGUGUUUUCAGGCAUAUAUUUACAUUUACUAUGUAACCAAGUUUAUACAAGCACUCAGACUAUAGCUUAUCUUAGGCUGUAUUAUAAACGUAAUACAUUUGUAUAUAAAUAAAAAGUCGUUUACA